AUGGUUUACAUAUUUAGACUUCUAGAAUUAAUCUCAUUUUUAGUCCCCGUCCUCCUAGCUGUUGCUUUCUUAACUCUGGUGGAACGAAAGGUAUUAGGCUACAUGCAAUUUCGUAAGGGGCCCAAAGUAGUCGGACCCUAUGGACUGCUACAACCAUUCGCAGAUGGGCUGAAGCUUUUUAUUAAGGAAACCUUAAAGCCAUCAACAGCUUCGCCCUACUUAUUCUUUUUCUCCCCAUUGCUAUUUCUAGCCUUGGCUCUUCUUUUGUGGAAACUCAUGCCAGUUAACACACCCACUAUAGACCUACAACUUUCUCUCUUAUUGGUCCUCGGUCUAUCUAGAUUAUCCGUUUACGCCAUUCUUGGUUCUGGGUGAGCUUCAAAAUCGAAGUACUCUCUUCUGGGUGCAAUACGAGCUGUGGCCCAAACAAUUUCCUACGAGAUAAGACUAGCCUUGAUUUUACUGUCCUUAAUUUUGUUCACCAGAAGAUUUAACCUAACAUAUAUAAUGAAUGUUCAAGAGUUUUCCUGAUUUUCACUGCCCUGUUUACCCCUGUUUUAUAUUUGAUUUGUCUCGACUCUUGCUGAGACAAAUCGCGCUCCCUUUGACUUGACUGAAGGGGAAUCUGAAAUCGUAUCCGGCUACAAAGUAGAAUACGCGGGAGGCCCUUUUGCACUAUUCUUUAUUGCGGAAUACGCGAAAAUAAUUCUCAUGAAUCUCUUUUCGGUAGUCUUGUUUCUCGGAGGGCCCUCCCCAUUCAAAAGCCUAUUUCCAAUAAAAGUCAUUGUUAUAGGGGCAAAGACAACUUUACUAGUAUUUCUAUUCUUAUGAGUCCGCGCUGCCUACCCACGGUUCCGCUAUGAUCAACUAAUGUUCCUAACCUGAAAGAGGUACCUCCCACUAGCCAUAGGAGCACUGUGCGUCACAAUAAGACUAGUUGUUGUUUUUGGAAUCUACCUUCCUCUAUUUUAA